AUGGAUCUCUCAAACCAGAAAAAGCCGUCCCUUCCUCGCUUGUCCACCAAUAUUCCAUUGGAAUCACAGUCAACUCCUUUGCUACCACUGCUGCCGAAGCUCCAGGACACCAACGUACGACCCAAGCGUGAGCGACCGGUGACUCUGCCCUCUCCAUCCCCAGGACGAGAAGAAAAUAUCUCUCCCACUGUUCGUGAUGUCUCCGAGCCCAAACCUAUCUGUUCGACCAAAGGCCCCGAAGAUGCACCGGUGAAAAAGAGAUCACACUAUGAUGAGGGCGCUUUUGCGACCCGUGGUCCCCAUCACUCUCCCCAGGACCAGAUUCCCCAGGACUCUGUGGUCGUCGCAGAGCUUAAGACAAACUGCAGGGUACAAGAUGAACAACAAAUGCUCGUUGCCGAUCUGAUCUUUCGCCUGGCGCAAAUCUACCAGCGUCCAGAAACAUGUAUCAUGCUCACCAUUCAGCAAGAUACCGGUGUGUUCUUUGGCAGUACGACGGAGCUCUCUUACCUGCUGAAAAUAUACGCCCUCCCAUCGUUCAUCGCGCCCUUCACCAACCUCCGCAACACCAAUCUGAUCCAGGCUGUCAUGCUCGACUUAUUACACAUCCCCAUAGAUCAAGGCGUGAUAAUAUUCCUACCCGUCUCGGAGGACAACCUUGCCACUAACGGAUUGACUGCUCGAGGCGAGAUCGCCCGCUUGGAACGCAAUGACCAGGACGGAAGCCUGAACCUCUUCAAAACAAUUUCGCGAUCGAUGUCUCGCCGUCUCAAAACCAGCAGUGGGCAGAGUGUGCCUAUCUCAUUGCCGUCGACUGUUGGAACCUCCACUGCUUCCCCAUCGAUGCAGACUGAGAUUCGUCAUUCGCCGAUCGCUGUGGACGAUACAGUGGUGUCUCCUGAGGAAAGAGGGAGAGGAACUAACCUUCGCAAGCGCAUCUCACUGCGAGGUCUUGUUCGCCGAAGGCUCAUGGAUAUUACCUCUGCCUUGGACAAGGAAGAAAAAGGCAAGGCGAAAGGCGUGACCAAAGAGGGCGACUCGAAGGAAGAUCAGUCCAAUGAGAAGGCUAAGAACCAAAUCCUUGAGGACAGGGAAGAGCAGUAG